AUUGAAGGCUACCAUUUUACUUAAUAGUUUGGUUCCAACCACUCCAGUCAAUACACAGAGACAAGGACGGAAAACAUGGCGAAUACUGCCGCCGGUUGGUCUCCGGUUUUGCCUCCAAUCUAUUCUCCGAUAAGUGCUAACCCAAACCCAAUCAAUUUUCACAUCUCAGCUUCUUUCUGCAAACCUCCUCGUCCGUCGUACCAGCAUCAAAACCCUAUAUCGGUUCUACACAGGUCGAGAACUGCUCGUUUGAUAGAGGUAGUAACACCCAAGCAAAGGAAUCGUUAUGUUUCUGUUUUUGGAUCACUCACUGAUGAUUCUAAGCUAAACCCAGAUGAAGAAUCAAAUGAUUCCGCAGAGGGACAGGUUGCUUCUAUAGAUAUUAAGCUACCGAGAAGAAGUUUGCUUGUGGAAUUUAGUUGCGAUUCGUGUGGAGAAAGAACUAAGCGGCUUAUCAAUCGGCAUGCUUAUGAAAAUGGGCUUGUCUUUGUUCAGUGUGCAGGGUGUCUUCAGCAUCAUAAACUUGUUGAUAAUCUUGGUCUCAUUGUUGAGUAUGAUUUCCGGGAAACCUCCAAGGAUUCGGGAGCCGGUGCUGGAGCUGGUGGUAGACUUAUAGGUGUAGGCGCUUGUGCUGGUGGCGGAGAAGCUGGUGCGGGUGGUGGAGAUACUGGUGCAGGUGGUGGUGAAGCUGGUGCGGGUGGGGGAGAAGUCGGCGCUGGUGGUGGUGAGACGGAUGGAGCUGAAACAGGCGGGCUUUGUGGUGGUUGCGGAGGUGGAGUAGCGGGGCUGCUUACUGUGGUAGUUGGAGGCGGAGCAGUGGUUGUUGGAGGUGGAGCAGCUGUGGUUGGAGGAGGAGCAGCUGUGGUUGGAGGAGGAGCAGUGGUGGUUGGAGGAGGAGCAGCUGUGGUUGGAGGAAGAGCAGUGGUGGUUGGAGGAGGAGCAGCUGUGGUUGGAGGCGGAGCAGUGGUUGUGGAGGUUGCCGGUGAAGCAGCAGGUCCUUGUGCAUUUACACUAAAGGGAGCGAUGAGAGCAGAAGCCAAAAGAAGAAACCAAAUGAUUGAAUUUGAAUCCAUUGUGUUGUGAUGGAAGCUACAAGAAACAAUUGGUGAAAUAUUAUGCAUAUAAAAAGCUGGGAGAUAUUGAGUCUUCAAGUAUGAAUGAAAAAGUUUGGUGCAA